AUCCGCUGCAAAUCAAGUCCCUGCAUGCCGCAUGGGGGCUGUCCUCCCCAACAAAGCCACAAUUGACCGUUGGAGACUUCUUCCUCAAUGCUCAAAAGACUCCUGAGACAGCGUACGGACAAAGACGGAUGAAUAGUGAAAUCUCAUCCUUAGUAGAGUAGACAGCAAUGGUUCCUCCAAUCUCACACACCCCUGCAAAACUCAACUCUCAAGACAUGAAAGAGGAUGGCCAAGCCAAGAAGAUGCUAUUAUCUGAGUAUGAGCAAUCUAGGGAAGAAAGAAUCAAACAAAACCUUGAAAGAAUGCAAAAACUUGGGAUUUUUGAUCUUUCUCUCAAACUCAAGUCUCUCAAGCCUGCUCCCCCCAACCCCAACCCAUCCUGCACUCGCAGAAACCUUCGGCAUUUCUCCCCUUUGCCUCCUCCUGGGCCCAUUCGCCGCUCCUCAAGGCUGCGGAAUGGGACACCAGUUAGUUAUUCUGAAGUGCAUUUGACAAACGAAGAUAAACCCUUUGAAAAUGGGCUUGAUUUGCUGAGAGAGGAGGGUUCGAGACCAGAAGUUUAUACUGAAGAACAUGAGAAGUUGUUGGGCAGCACUGAGAUGAGCUGGACUCUUUUUGUGGAUGGAUUUGGAAAAGACGGAAAGCGUAUUUAUGAUCCAGUGAAUGGAAAGACCUGCCACCAGUGUAGGCAGAAAACUCUUGGUCAUCGCACUCACUGCAGCAACUGCAACAAGGUGCAGGGACAAUUCUGUGGAGAUUGUCUGUAUAUGAGAUAUGGGGAACAUGUGCUUGAAGCAAACCAGAACCCAAACUGGAUUUGCCCAGUAUGUCGUGCUAUUUGUAACUGUAGUUUAUGCCGUCAAUCAAAAGGGUGGCCUCCUACUGGCAGCCUUUAUAGGAAGAUUUCAAGUUUAGGUUUCAAGUCUGUCGCACAUUACCUCGUACAAACACGGCGCAAUUUAGCGACCAAUUCAGGAUUGGAAUGUCCUCAAUCUGAAGGCAAGAUGACUGACGAUUGCCUUGAUGAUGGUAAACAAGAGGAGAGCACAGACUCAUUAAACAAUAAAAACCAUGGCCACACCAAUGAGCUACCUGACAGUAUUGCUGGACGACUGAGGCAGAGGCGAAAAGCAGUCAAAGAGCAUGAGGAAGCAAUGUCAACAGGCAAAAAAAAUGGAACGGCGGACAUAAAGCAGAAAUUGAACAAUAAAAAUUCACCUCCGUCUAAAGCUGAAGCGACCGUAAACCAUUCAAAUUCGACCGCUCCAGAUGUCACACCAAUAGCAGUCACAGACAGUAUUGCUGGAAGACUAAGACAGAGGCGUAAUCAGGGCAACCAGUAUGAGGAGCAGAGGUCAGCGGGGGCAAAAGAUGGUAUUCCUGAUUUUAAAGCUGAAGCUUCUCUAAAUCAUACUAAUUCCGCUACUCCUCCAGAUGUUGCACCCAUAACACGAUCAAACUCCAACAAGAGACGCGUCUCAGAACCAUCCCCUGACAGCAUUGCUGGGAGACUUAGACAGAGGCGUGCUGAAGUCUAGGUGAUGUCAUGCGUUGGCACUAGUCGAAAACGUAUGCGGCCAACCGCUACUUUUGGUGCUUGUUAAUUGUACGAAGUCCUAGCCCCAAAAAAAAAAAAAUGAAGGUGUUGAUUCUUUUUGCUAAAACGUUGUCCAGCAUCAGUGUAGCUAAGGCAUUAAAUUCCAAUUUCAGGAAAGCCUGUAAAAUGUUUGAUCAGAAAGUCAUUUGCUUUCUCUA